GUGCAGUCACUGAGUGUGGCGUGUGUGAGACAGAGAGAGCGAGAGAGACAGAGAGAGAGAGAGAGAGAGGGGGCUGGGGAGCACACUCAACAGCUGGAACCCUGGGCUCGGACUGGUCUCCCACCACCCCGAUUCAGCAGCAAAAAAAAAAAAAAAGACACACCUAGCCGUCCAAGUGUAAAAGUUGUGUUUUAUUAUUUUUUAAAUUUUGUUUUUAAAGGUGAAGUAAGGAGUGUAUGUUUGUGUGACAGCACGGUGACAGGUGGAAGGAGUGAGGAGGGGUGGGGUGGCGGUGGUGGUAGGGGGGGUGUCUCUUGGCCGAAAUGGGCACUCAGGGGCCGGCGGUGCUGCCCCCGGUGAAGAGCGUGAUGGUCUACCGGAACGGCGACCCCUUCUUCCCCGGGCGGCGCUUCGUGGUCAACCACAGGCAGGUGGCCAACCUGGAGUGCUUCCUGAGUGACGUCACGCAGAGCAUCCGGGCGCCGGUGGCCAUGCGGACCCUGUACACGCCCGGCGCGGGCCACCGCGUCCGCGAGCUGGAGGAGCUGCGCAGCGGGGCGCAGUACGUCGCUGCCGGGUUCGAGCGCUUCAAGAAGCUGGAUUACACAAACACAGGUCCGAAACCCGUCGCACGCCGCAGUGACAGAGCUCAGGUGAGGGCAGUUCAGAGGCCAAACGUCUCCGCAAAAUGGAGGAAGGCCAUUCACCUACCCUGCAUCAUCCACGUGUUUCGGAACGGGGACCUCCUGUGUCCGCCCAUGAGGUUCAUCCUGCCCAGGAGCACCCUGCAGGACCUGGAGCAGAUCCUCAGCAUGGUGUCGGAGAAGGCCAGCCUGCGUACAGGAGCAGUGCGCAGGCUGUGCACUCUGGAGGGCGGGGCCGUGUCCGCGGGAGAGGAGCUGGAGAGUGGCCAGUACUACGUCGCCGUGGGAACGGAGAGGUUCAAGAAGCUUCCGUACGUGGAGCUGCUGGUCCCCAAAGCGGCAGCUGCUCACGGCCACAGAAACCACUAUGGAGACAGGAGGCUGCCAAAAAGAUACGAGAGCAGGAAGCCGGUCAGUGUUCCACAGGAUCGAUACAGUGACUCCACCCUGCUGGACUCCCCAGAGGGUGACGGCCGCAGGGUGAAGUCGACGGGGGAUGAGGCAGGAGGACCGGCCCCCACACGCGGGGCCCCCAAGAAACAGGGCAGGGCCCCAAAAGAGGAGGAGUCCCUCUUCUUCGCCAAACCAGCCAAGGUCCACAAGAACAAGGCCGCACCCCGAUAUUCACGUCCCCUCAGAGGUGAUGCACACCCCAGUGUAUUUAAAGGGGACGUGAGGAAGAGGAGGAAGGAGGUUCAGGGCGCCGAAGAGGUGGCUGAGGAUGAAGACACUGCUGUGGAGUUUCCUGUCGACCAGAGAGCGGCAGAGACUGUGGAGGACGAGGAACUUGAUGACAAACGUCACGUGGAAACGCCAAGAGAAGACAGCCCUGACCUGCGGCGUGAGAGAGAGAAAACGUCUGCAGAACCCAGGUUUGAAGUUGGGUACGAAACAAAUAGAAGCACACCACCCGGCCGCAGAGAGAUCAACGGGCGAGCCAGUUCAGCUUUUAACGAGGAAAAACAGGAGCCAGCUGCCCCGCACUUCAGAGAUUCAGCGAGACGCAGCUCCGGGGAUUUCGAGGAGGCGGACAGCGCGCGUGAAGAGUCCUCACAGGCAGAACAGACUAAACCUCCCAAAUCGGCGGCCGGGUCCCUGACGUACCGCAGCCACCAGGACUUGCCAGAGGCGGGAAAACUACGUCCGGAUAGCCGCUUGUCCACGAAUGAACUGGCGGCUUAAAUGGAAGCUGGAGCGCAGACCCAUAAAACACUCUGUUCGGGGCUUUAAAGAGCAUCGUUUCACGUCAACUGCGAAUAAAAAAAUGCAGUUAUCUCGCACGAAAGAGCAAACCCAAUCAGUCACCCGAACAGCCAACCGCCUGUAUGCUGCUUUUCACCCCAAGCUUAUCAGCAGUGCAUUAAGUAAAACGAGCCGUUAUCUCAGAAACAAAUAUUCACGUUUCAAAGAACAUAGUCCUAUCACUUUAAUUUCUGGGAUUUUAAUCAGUAUAAUCCAUUCUCAAGCAGCUUAAACUAAUUUUCUGCAGGGUGCUGAGGCGAAGGAUAGCUUUUCAAAGAAAUUUCAUUUUGUAUUGAAUAACUAACGGACCAUUUGCAGAAACCUGUUACGUUCCAAAAGUUGAAAGUGUGGACGUUAACCAUUUGUGGAAAGGUUAUUUCAAAUGAGUUUAAACGCAAAUGGUAAUGAGCCAACAGUGCAUUGUGUGAAAAUUCGUUUCGCCUUAAAAUUAUGGAACUUGAGCACGUUUUCAUGCAUCUGAAUUAAUCAAGAGAAAACCAGCAUGCAGAAGGGAACACCAAUAUCUUUCAGGACUAUGUCUGAAGCUAAGAUGUAGCCUAAAUCUGUGUGGUGUGUUUAAAAAAAAAAUCUUUACAUGGCAUAGUCCGUAAAAUGCUGAGAUUUCAAACAGGAACUCAUGUUGUCAUUGUUGCCACAUUAAAUUGUAUUUCAAGAAA